CACCCUCCCACCCUUCCCACCCACUCCUCCAGGUGAGGCGGUAUGUGUACAAUGAUGUGGUUCGAUUGGAUGAUCUGGAGAAGCUCAUCGACUGCUCCUAUGUCCAGCCCUACACUAUAAACAGUGCCAAAGUGGUAUUCCUGAAGCCAAGGCCUCAAUCCAGGCCUUUCAAGGGCUCUGGAAACAUUUGCCUGACCUGUGACAGAAUCCUUCAAGAGCCCUUCCACUUUUGCUCCCUCUCCUGCAAGGUGGAUCAUGUGGUCUUGCAAGGCGAGGAUCUAUCGAGCAUUCUGUUCAGGUUCGACGAGUCGGACUUUGCGUUCUCACACUUUGAGAAUCUCCGGAUGGAUAGCUCCGAUCUCAUCGAGGACGACGGCCAGAUCACCCCGAAUUCGAUCCUGGAAGACCCAUUGCAGUACAAGGGCUGCUCCGGCUCCAGCAACAGCGGCAGGGGCAGCUCGGGAAGGGUCGAGGACACUGAGGUGCCGAAGAGGAAGAAGGGUGGUGGCUUCUUCCCUCAGAUAGUCCUUUCCUUGAGCAAUAGGAGGAAGGGAGCUCCUCAUAGAUCUCCUCUCUCCUGAUGUUUAAUUCCCAUGACAAAGAACAAGCCAGGCUACUGUAGAACUAUAAGCUAUCUUAAUUCUUGUUGUUAGGGUGUGCUAAACUUACCAUUAUGGAGGUCCCUUCCAAAAUGCCCCCAUCCAUGUGGGGGGGCAUUGUGGGCAAUAUCUUCUUGGUGUGUGGAUGGGUCUGAUAGCAUUUCCGUUACUGACAAGGUGUCCACGGGAGACCAUAUUUGAGGCUCACAGUGGCCACCAAUUUUGUAUUGAAGUAAUGGAAUGCAUACUUCUAUAUCUAUAUAUAUAUUAAUAUUUAUGUAAGCUCUGGCUUGUACUUGGUCUCUUUCUAUACUAAUUGUCGUUGUCUUUUGA